AUGAGAUUUCGUGUCGUUCUGUUCAUCGCUGGAAUCUGUCCACUGGUCUCUGCUGCAACACUUUCUGGGAACCGAAGGCGUCUCUCCGUUGUCUCAGCUCACGGAGAGAGACGAGGGCUGGGCGACAUCUUCGGAGGCUUUGAACCUGAUACUCCAGAAGGCGACGGGACGUCGGAACAAGUCUCCACAAACAGCAUCGCUACGAAGACAGAUGGCAAUCCGUUCGCUAUGUUCAGCCCAUUCGGAACGACGACAGAUACUUCGACCACAAGGAAGGAUGCAGCAUCAACCACCAGCAUAACUUCCAGCAGCAAAUCUUCCUCUACUACGACACCUCCGCCGUCCACUACCGCUCAGGCGACAUACUCUACGCCAACCCCUACCGCAACCAAUGCUCCCUCUACGCCCUCCUCUUCGUCAAGCACCUCCACAACCUGGAAAGUCAUUGGCGUCGCAGUCAUCGCCGUGGGCGCGGUCGCAGCUAUACUACUUGUGACGAUGUCCUUUGACCACUGGUGGGGCUUUGUGCGUGACGUCGUCUGCCGCAGGCGUCCCCGCGAGGGUGCCGAGGAGUUCGUGCCGGACUGGGAGAAGGCGAGCUGGGACGUACGCUUCCCCGCGGACCGCCAGCGGUACCCGUCGUUUGCGUCGCUGCCCGAUGCACUCGCGCAGCGGAGAGUAAUGUCGGGGGCGGGCCCGGCGGAGGAUUCCGCGGGAAUAGUUCCUGAGGUGUAUGCGCAUGGUGCGUCAAGUCCGCUGGAGAAGAUGGUGUCACCUGGUCCGUUCCGCCGAGUUAGACCCGAUCCGUCCCCGACAGCGACCAGUAACCCUUUCAGCCCGCACCUGAGAUCAACCUCUUGCAACCGUUCCAGCCGGCAUCCGAGACCAACCUCCGGCAACCAUGCCAGCCCGCGCCCACGACCACCGCCUCGUACUUCAAUGGAUAUCACGUCUCCCACGCCUACAGACGCACCCGUCGCUCCGGCGGACGCGUACGACGGGAUCGAAAAGAACGAGCAGUGA